UGACAAAAAUAUUCUCACAAAAAGUUCACAACAGUUGAUCAGUUGACUGACCAUGUUUCAACCUUUCACACUUCUUUAUUCUUUUUUUCUUAACAAUUAAGUAUAUGUCUUUAUAUAUUUAUAGGAAAAAAAUAAAAUUUGCAUCACCAUAGAUAGAACUAGUUUAUUGAAACUUGAAAGCAUUUUGCUCAUAUUUCUGGAGUUUCAUUGUGAAGUUUCUUCAUCAACAAGUGUUGAUUGAUGGCAGGAGGGUUGGUUGAAGGAGCUGUUCUUGGGGCAGUGCUUCAAGAAGGGAGUAAGCCAAUCACAGACCAGAUAUCCAAAGCUAUGAAUUUCAGAAAAACACGUAAAAACCUCGACUCUCUUGUGCAUCGCAUCAUGCCAGGAGCCGAAGAAAUUAAACAGUUGGACGAGAAAAUGGAUCGUCCAAAUGAUGAAACAAAGAGGCUACUAGAAGAAAUUGAACAAGGGAAAGAAUCAGUUAACAAACACUCCAACGUCCCUUGGUGGAAGUGUUGUUGUUUACCUUGUUAUCAAGGAGAGCUUCAUGAUGAGGAAGAGAAAAUUGCUAGAUCCAUUACCCUUGUUACCCCAAUUACUAUGGCAAGGGAUGUUAGGGAGACACUGUCUAUAGUUACAGAUAUCAAGGGGAGACAAUUCAACAGGUCUUGUGAUCCUCCAUCAAAACCUCAUUUCACUGUAGGGUUGGAUUUUCCUUUGAAUCACUUGAAGAAUUGGCUGCUCAGUAAAGACGGGUCUGUACGUGUGUUAACUGGUUUGGCUGGAUCCGGGAAGACCACGUUCGCUACAUUGCUAUGCUGGGAUCAUCAAGUAAGAGGGCUAUUUGGAAAAAAUAUAUUCUUCUUGUCAAAAACUCCGAAUUUGAAGAGCAUUGUGCAGAAUUUGUUCCAACAUUGUGGGUAUAAUGAGCCUUGCACCGUAGACAAUGAGGAUGCGGUUAAACAGUUGAGUAGUUUGAUCAACAAAAUUGGGGAAAGUUGUCCAGUGAUGUUGGUUCUUGAUAAUGUUUGCCUAGGCUUAGAAUCCUUUGUUGAGACGUUACAGGUUCAGGUUCCAAAUUGUAAAAUUUUGAUAACUUCUAGAGUCGUGUUCCCACGGUUUAAAACAUUAUCCUUAAAGCCACUUAGCAUUGAUGAUGCAGUUACUCUUUUCCAUCACUUUGCGUUACCGAAUGAUGGAGAAAAAGGAACUUAUGCUCCUGAUGAAGAACAUGUACAACAGGUAGCAAACAGUUGCUGGGGCUCUCCGCUGGCCCUUAAAUUGGUCGGUGGAUCACUCCGCAGGCAACCUAUUGCGGUGUGGCAAAAAAAGGUGAAGUUGUUGUCCAAAGGUCAUUCUAUUGCAUAUUCUAAUCCUGAUUUACUUAAUUACCUGCAAAAGUAUUUGGAAGAUACAUUGGAAAAUAAUCCCAUCAUUAAGGAUUGCUUCAUGGACCUUGGAUUAUUUUUUCAAGACAAAAAUAUACCUGUUUCUGCCCUCAUUGACAUGUGGACAGAACUGAAUGACCUAGACGACGACAGCAUAGAUGGAAUGAACUUUGUUCAUGAGUUAGACAACAUGCAUUUGGCUAAUCUUGUAGUUGCAAGGAAAGUGACAAGUCACGUUGACAAUUACUACAACCACCAUUUCCUUACUCAACAUGACCUUCUUAAGGAGAUAGCUCUUAUUCAAGCCAGAAAGAAACCAUAUGAACAAAGGGAAAGGUUGAUUUUUGACAUUAAUGAUAACAGUUGGGAUCAACAGAACCAGCAAAAUUCCAUUUCUCGCAUGUUGUCCAUAUCAACUGACAAAAUGUUGAGACCAGAUUGGAGCAAUUUUGUGAAAGUUGAACAAGUUGAGGUUCUGAUCAUGAAUCUUCAUACCGAUAAGUAUAUCUUUCCAGAGUGCAUUAGGAAAAUGACUAAACUAAAAGUCUUGUUAGUUACCAAUUACAAUGGUUUCCGCUUUGCUGAACUAGGCAAUUUUGAUAUACUUGGUUGUCUACCCAAUCUUAGAAUAAUCAGAUUGCAACAGGUUUCAGUUCCUCCCCUUUGCACAUUGAAGAGUCUGCGAAAGUUGUCCCUUUACAAUUGCAAAACAAGACAUGAUUUUCAACCUGACACCAUUUCAGUUUCGGAAAUUCUCCCAAAUCUCGAAGAAUUAUGUAUUGAUUAUUGCAAAGAUUUAGUAACACUUCCUGUUGGGCUUUGUUUUAUCACUUCCCUCAAGAAGCUCAGUAUCACAAGGUGCAUAAACUUUCUUGCACCGCCGCAAGAAAUUGGAAACCUCAAGAAUUUGAAAGUUUUGAGACUAAGUUCUUGCGCUGAGAUGUGGGAGAUACCAGCUUCAAUUGGAAAUCUUCAUGAGCUACAUUUUCUUGAUAUAUCAGGUUGCGCAAGCCUUCACACUUUACCAGAAGAAAUUGGAAACUUGCAUAAUCUAAAAGAGCUUCACAUGACUGGUGUUUCAACAUUGCCAUGGUCAGACACAAAACUUGAGAGUUUAAAGUAUUUAAUAUGUGACCAAGAGACUGCUGAAUGUUGGGAACAUUUCAAGCCUAGCCUUCCCAAUCUUAAAAUAGAAGAGGCUGAAGUUAACUUAUUCAUUAUUGUGUGAGAUGCUAAAUACUUUAUUACUUUAUAGUAGGCAUGGCAACGGGGCGGGUCGGGGACGGUUUUUACCUCCCCCAAACCCAAACCCGAAUCCCCAAUCAAUCCCCGUUACCCGCCCCAAACCCAAACGGGGAUGGGGAAUUAAAACCCAAACCCGUCCUUAACGGGUUCGGGUUGGGUUCGGGUAUCACCGCCCCGCCACCAUCUAUUUAGUAAAAUCAAUUUUUUAAAUAAAAAUAUUAACUUUUUCAAAAAUCAAAUUACAUUAUAAAUAACAAAAUAAAACAAUCUCAAAAAAAUUCAUACAUAUAUUUCAAAUAUUUAAAAUAAUAAAUACAAAUCAAAUUAUUAAAACAUUAGCCACAUAUAAAUAAUAUAAAUUAUGAAAUAUAAAUAAUAAUAUACAUAUUGAAAUAAACGGGGCGGGUUCGGGGAUGGGUUCGGGGUGGGUACUAGUGUCCCCGUUACCCGACCCAUCCCCAUGUUUUCUAAUCGGGGAUAACCCAAACCCAGUCAAAGCGGGUUUUCCCCGUCAACUUCGGGGCGGGUUCGGGUAGGUACCCGUGGG